UCAAUAGAUUGAGGCACAAUUCGUGAACGAGAGGACCUGACCACGCGCUGUGGACGAUCAGGACAGAAGCUUGAACAGACGGAGUCGACUUGCAGACAGGCAGCUUAAAAGGUCCAAACACCCAAGCACGGCUCUACAGAAGGGAUCAGACAGGGGCCGCUCGCUUGCCUGAAGCAGGGCUAUAUAGCUCUCUCUCUCUCUCUCUCUCUCUCUCUCUCUCUAUGUACACAGCCGCGCCGCGCUCUGAAGCGUCAAGCGCGCAAGAACCCGGUACGCUGCAGGCCCGUGCUGUUCCAAGCACAUUCCUGGUUGCAGGAUGGUCAAGCGUGCAACCAGCCAGAGUGCAAGCUCCUCCUCCUCCUCCUCCUCGCUCAUCGCAUCCACCGCAGCUUUGCGCAAGGCGCUCUCGCGGUACGAUGAGGCCCUGGAAGCGCGCGCAAAGAGCUACGCUCGAUGCGCGGAACUCGUCGAGCUAGAUGGAUGGUAUCGCAAAGACUUGUGGCUAGUCAUUCGACGACGCGACCAAGCAGUCCAAGAGUCGGGCAGCAUAUCUGAGCGCCACCUGCAACUCGAAGAGUUGUGCAAAGUCAUGAAAUGGAAGCUGACCAGAGGCAGCUUUCGGCCCAAGUUGCUCAGUCUGGUCGAGAGCAAUUCGUCCGACGUCGUGCGCGAGACGACAUUGAGAGCUUGGCGAGAGGUGCAAACGUCACCCGAUGAGGCCAUCAAGGCGCUUUCUGAGCUCAAAGGCGUGGGUCCGGCAACUGCGACUGCCAUCCUGUGCGCACUCACCCUGGGCCAGUACGCAUUCAUGUCCGAUGCGGCCAUGGAGCGCGCGUGCGGUAUGAAGCCGGAAUACACCGCGAAAGCCGCAAAGCAUUUCCGAAUCAAGAUGCAAGAGAGGAUGGAUAAAGAUGAACCGAGAUGGAAGAGCCUCGACGAGCUGGAGCGAGCUGCUUGGGCGUUCCACACGCUGAGCCGGCUCGAUGGAGAUGCCCCCACCAAUCAGCUACCACCGCAGACAAAGCGCAAGGCAGCCUCUCCUCUCGCACAGACAGAAGGGAGGAGCCCAAGACGCAAAAAGGUGUGAAAUGCAACGUUUCGUAAUGCUUUCGACCAUUUCCUCGCGUGACUAAAAGUGCCAAUGACGUGCAAGUG